AUGUGGUCGUGGAAGUCGGAUUCAAGAGCGCAGUAUCAAAUACUCACAUUGUUCCAGAGCACAUCUGAGCCUCCUACCAGAGAAUACGAAUUCGACGCACAAAUCCACAGCCCGAUCAUGGUCGACCGCCUCAUCGAGUUCAUAUAUACUGGAACAUACACACUCGGUCAGGGCGGACAAGCGACAUUACUGCGUCACCACAGUAAGCUGCCUAGGGGCCUGACAAGCGCGAGCUAUCCCAUGAAUCUGGAGAGCGCAUUGGAAUUUCACAUGAAGAUGUACAACAUGGGAAAGAACCUGCAGUAUCAGUCCUUAGUGGCCAUCUCGCACACGAAGAUGGCAGAGGCGAUGCUGUGGACGAGCAAGUUCGGAGUAGGAGUAGGAACUGUGAAGAAAUUCGUGACUUGGGCAUACGAUCCGGCUCAGAAUUUCCAGGACACAGACGAACGUGCGGACGACACCUUCGGAGAUGACAGCUUGAAAGAGCUGAUAGUGGCGUGCGUCCUGCGACACAUCCAUCAAGAGCUCUGGGAUGAGAGUGCGAUAGCAGACUUCCGAGACUAUGUCAAGGCAUUCCCUGCUUUAGAGGUAGACGGCGAGCUUGCGGAAGAGGAGUACAAGGACUUGCUGAAGACGCGACCUGGCGCUAAGAGGGCGAUGAAGAGGGCAAGGCGAGGACAGCAACAUUAG